AUGUCGGAUCGCGAGGACGGUGGAGAGGAGACCUUCUACGAGGAGGAGGAGCCGGUCUACGACGGUGACGACCUGGGAGACGACCAUUACGACGAUGCGGGUGACGCUGCCGCAAAUGGUAUCGUACACUCCUCCGCGGGUGGCGAUCCAUCGACCUCUAUGGCUGGACAAGCCAACCAGGACCGCAUCACCACCCCGUAUAUGACCAAGUACGAACGUGCCAGGAUUCUCGGCACACGCGCCCUCCAGAUCUCAAUGAACGCGCCUGUUCUCGUGCCCACCGAGGGCGAGACGGACCCGCUCGAGAUCGCCAUGAAGGAGCUCGCUGCCAAGAAGAUUCCCCUCGUCGUGAGGAGAUACCUCCCAGACGGAAGCUACGAGGACUGGACAGUCAGCGAGCUCAUUGUUACCGAGUGA